UUAGAAAGGAAAAUGAGAAAAAAAAUAUGCUCUUGACAUCAAAGUGUUAACUUCAUGAUUUGCUAAUUUUUGCAUUUAUAGUUUUGAAAUUUGAUUCAUGAGGAUAUUACUUUACGAGUACAUUUCUAAGAUCUAAAGAUGACGAACAAAGUAGGCGGUCGUAUUGUCAGAAUUAAACUGAAAGGUUUCAUGACUUACGAUGAUCUUGAAAUUAAACCUAACAAAGGUUUAAACCUUAUAAUAGGUCUAAAUGGCAGUGGAAAGUCUUCUAUAAUGGCUGCUAUUUGUUUGGGUCUUGGUGGAAAGCCUACUUUUACUGGAAGAGCUGUUCAGUUAACAGAUUUCAUUAAGUAUAAUCAUACCAAAGCUGUAAUAGAAAUUGAGCUGGAAUCGUCUCGUGGUAAAAAUGAUAUAAUACGCCGAGUUAUUCAAGCAGAUAAGUCACCUUUAUGGUAUUUGAACAAUAAACAUACAUCUCAAAAUGAGAUUACAGCCAUUAUGAAGAAGUAUAAUAUUGACAUGGGGAAUCUUUGCCAGUUCUUGCCUCAAGAAAAAGUGGCAGAGUUUUCAAAAAUGGACAAAAAGCAGAGGCUUAUGAAUAUGAUUCAAGCAAUUGGGGAUUCAAGUUUGGUCAGUUUAUUUGAUGAAUUGAAAACACUGAGAAAGGAAUUCUGUUACCUUGCUAAAACUUUGGAAGAACUUGACAACACUAAGAUUUCUGAACAAAAAAUAAAUGAAAGACUUAAACCCGAUAUUGAAAAGCAGGAAGAACGAAUAAAAUUGCAAAAACAGUUGCAAGUCCUUCAUAUUAGAAAGAAGGCUUUUGAUUUUCAGUAUUUAUCAGAGAAGCUGAAUAAAGUAAUAGAUGAAAAGAAGCGACUAAAUGAGGAACUUUCAACAAAAGAGGAGGUUUUCGGUCAAUUGCAAGCUGAAAAAGCAGAAUUUUUAUCUGAAUUGUCUAUUUAUGAAGCUAAAGUUAAAGAACUGGAAGCAAAAGUUUCCAGGUGUAUGCAAAAUCUAACCAAACACUAUGGAAGUUUAGGAGCAUAUCAUGAAGAUGUUGACAAUGCCAAGAUUAAUUUUGAAAACAAAAUGAUAGAAAAAGAGGAACAAAUCACUAAAUUGACUGCAAUAAGUAGGCAAAUUGAAGGUUUGAAGGGCAUUUUAAUAGAGAAAAAAGAUGAAAUGGAAAUACUAAAAAAAAAAUUGGAGCAAAAUACUAAAGAGUAUGAAAAUAUCAAACAGCAGUUAUCUUCUUGUGAUUCUGAAGUAAUGAGAGUAACUUUAAGCAAGAAUUCAUUGGAGUAUAAAAAAAAAUCUAAAUUAGAAGAAAUAUAUAGGAUAUCUGAUGAAGAAAAUAGAAAGUAUGAGGUACUUCGCGAGAAGUCUCCCGAUGCAUAUACAGCUUUGCAGUGGUUGCAACAACAUGAAAGCUCUUUUAGGGCACGCGUCUUACCACCAAUAUUGGUUUCUAUUAAAGUUUUGAAUGAUGAUUACCGUAAAUACAUCGAAAGUUCUGUUUCUGAUCGCAACUUACUCAUGUUUGUCUGUGAAGAUAAAGAAGACCUGGAACGUUUUUUAAAAAUCAUGAAGCACGAGAAAAAAUUAUCUAUCAAUGUUUCGAUGGUGCCUAGUAAAAGCUUGGCUGAAUUUCCUUCACCUCCUAUUACAAAUGAGAUGAGAAGACUUGGCAUAGAAUGUUAUUUAAAGGAUUUAUUUACUGCUCCUGAUCCUGUGAUGCGAGUUCUUUGCCAGCUGUGUCAGGUUCAUCAAGUGCCUGUGUGUAAUGAAAAUGCUGCACAAAAUAUUGUUUCUAUAGUGAAAUACAGCAACCUCUUCUACACACCAAGUGAAAAAAUAUUUGGAUUGAAAUCCCGUUAUGGUCAGCAACAUAUGUCAAUUAAAAGAGAAGUAUUAGUGGCCAAAGGUAUUCUACCAGAUAUCGUAAAUAAUUCAGAAGAUUUGCUGACUGCUAGAAGCAAUUUACAGGAAAUAGAAAAAAUGUUGGCAGAAAUUACACCACAGUAUGAUGAACUUCAAAAGCAAAGAACUCAAUUAGAACGCCAACAAGAGCAAUUAAGGAAUGAAAAGAUCAGUAUAAACAAUGAGAUGAGAAAGUUGAAUGAGCUUAACGUGAAGCUUGGACAGCUUAAUGAGGCUUAUAAGAGAAGAUCAGAAGAAAUGAUUGAUGAGGAAGCAGAAAAAAAGAAAGUUGCAGAUGUUAUACGUAAUUUAAAUACUAAGAAGUUGAAGAUUUUAGCAGAAAUUCAUAAAAUUGUCAAGGAAAUGGUGCAUUUAAAAAAGGAAAAAGCCACUGCAAUCCUAUUUAUAAGUGUCUUCGCUGAAAGAAUGUCUGCUGUAACAGAUAAGAUCUCAAAUCUUGAAAAAGAUAUUAAUAACCUAAAGUCACAACUUUCAGAAGCAGACUCAAAAAGAAGUCGAAUUAAAUCAGAAGCACUGAAGUGCCAUCAUGAAGUGGAGAAAAUGAAAGAAGAAUUGCAAGAUGUACCAGGAGCAGUGACUUUAAAUGAAGAAAAUCUAAAGAAUUUAACAGAACAGCAACUGUUGGUAAAUUUUAGAAGAAUUCUAUAUACCAUACACCAGUUUAUAAUUGAAGUAAUCAAGAAAGAGAAAUUGUCAGAUUUUCGGAAUUUUACUUUAGAACAAGUAGAACAAUUGAUGAGCAAUACUGAAGCCCAGCUAGAACUUAUGAAUGAAGAUAUUGCUCAUAUCUUGGUCGAAUAUAAAAAAAGGGAGCAGACAAUUCUCGAUAUUGAGGAGAAAGUAAACAGUCUCAAAGUCAGGAUUGAUGAUUUGAAAAUUCAGAUACAGGAGAAGAAAGAAAAGUGGUUGCCACCAUUGAUAACUCAUAUUGAAACUGUUAACCAAAAGUUCUCUAAGUAUUAUAAAAUGCUUAAAUGUGCUGGAGAAAUAAGUUUAGAUCAGACUGAUGAUACUGAUGAUUUCCCAAAUUAUGGUCUUCAAAUAAAGCUCAAAUACAGGGUUGAUGAAGAGUUCAUGGAGUUGUCUCAGACUCAUCACAGUGGGGGUGAAUGCAGUGUGGCUGCCAUUAUAUUUAUCCUGUCUUUGCAAGAAAUGACCGAUGUACCAUUCCGCUGCAUUGAUGAAAUCAAUCAAGGUAUGGAUGCAGUAAAUGAGAGGAAAAUAUAUCAACUAGUAGCAGAUGCUGCCAGAAGUGGGUCUUGCUCACAAUAUUUUCUUUUGACACCAAAGUUGUUGAUGGAUUUAUCAUACAACAAGGAUGUUGCUGUUCAUAUCAUAUUUAACUCACCUUUUCUGAAAGGAAAACUGGACAUUAAAGAACACUUAAAAAUUGCAAAAUCUAAUAGGCAAUAAUUACCUUUCCCCCACCACUACCAUCCUUAAAAAUAUUUUAUAGAUACAAUUGAUCAAAAAGGAUUUUGAAACAGAUCUGAAAGUUAACUUAUUUAUUAUUUUUUUAUAUGUAUCCCCUUAAACAAAUGUGACAAAAUUAAUGCUUUAUUUGCUUCUUAGUGUAUAAUUUUAUAUUUUAUGCUUUUUAUAACUUCAGAGUAUGGAAAAGGAUCUAGAAUCAGUUGAUAAAAUUAUAUUCUAGAGAUUAAUAUUUUGAAAAUGUGAUUAAUUGAUGCUUUAUCAAAGAAAUUAUGAUUAAUUGAUGUCCUGUUUUUAUUUUUAUUAUUAAAAUCUUUUUUAUACUUCAUGAAUGUCU